AAUCAAGUUUGGGCAUUUUUCACCAUGGAGUCACCUUAUCUCAACCAUAUAAAGCCGUGGAGCCAUGAGGACUGGGUCAAUCAGAUAAAUUUGACAAUGACAUAUCGUUUAGAUUCUGAUAUUGUUGUAAAUUAUGGAAUGACAAGAAAAAAGUUCAAUCCAUCCAAGCACAAUGAUUUUUAUACUUUACUAUCCAGAAAAAAGAAACAAGUUGCUUUUGUUGUGAGCCAUUGUCGUACACCAUCCGACAGAGAAACUUACAUCAAAAAGCUAUCAAAAUAUAUUGAUGUUGAUAUUUAUGGAAAGUGUGGUAUGGAAUCUAAAGACCCUUAUCUUUUUGAUACUAUAGAGAGAGAUUAUAAAUUCUAUUUGUCAUUUGAAAAUGCAUUUUGUAAGGACUAUGUGACUGAAUAG